UCAGGCUCUCGAGUGUUGGUUCAGUUGAGGCAGUUUAAUUGAGUUGUCAAGAUCAGCCAUGGGCAACAAGUGGCAGAAUAUAAAGGACUGGAUCACAGCGGAGCGAGUGGCCAUAUUCUUUGGCCUGCUGUCCACCUGCCUGAUUGUGGCUCUCGUGGUGGUGCUGGUGCACCGCGACAAUUUGUGGCUGCAGCUGGACGAGGCGCAGCGGAAAUUGGACGUGCUCGAGGACUACAUACAGAACCACAUAAGGAAUGCCGCUCCCGACCAACUAUUGAACUCAAGAGAAUGAUUCUUAGGUUUAUCUUAGUUUAGUUUUUCGUACUUUUCAAUG